UAAGAACGGCAUCAUUAAUGCUAGCCUCAACGAAACCUAUAUUUGUCUCAUCCCAAAGAAAGUGGAUGCUCGGAAGGUAGGAGAUUAUCGGCCCAUUAGCCUCAUUUCUUGCCUCUACAAGAUUAUAGCUAGAGUUCUCUCAGAAAGGAUGAAGAGUUUACUGCCACAUACUAUUACCAAGGAACAAUCUGCAUUUGUGGCCGGAAGACAAAUCCUAGACGCCUCCCUAAUUGCUAACGAAAUUAUUGAGGAUUGGGAUAGAAAAAAGAGAAAAGGAGUGGUUAUCAAACUUGAUAUUGAGAAGGCUUUUGACAAAGUGGAUUGGGACUUCCUUGAUGAAGUUCUUGCAGCCAAGGGUUUCAGACACACAUGGAGAAAAUGGAUUUGGGGGUGUAUCUCAACAACAAAUUUCUCAAUCAUUAUAAAUGGUCGUCCUCGGGGUAAACGUACUGCUUCUAGGGGCCUCCGUCAAGGUUUUGAUGUGGGAAACAACUCUUUGGCCAUUCAUCAUCUACAAUUUGCGGAUGACACCAUCCUUUUAUCCCCAUAUGAUAAUCUCUCCCUCACAAACAUGUUCAACAUCAUUAGGCUUUUUGAGGAGGCAACGGGAUUAAACAUAAAUCACUAAAAGUCAGAAAUUUUGGGGAUAAAUCUUGGAGAGGAUGAACUGACAGCUCUUCAAUCCAAAUUUGCUUGUAAAUUGGGGACUUGGCCGACCACAUACCUUGGACUACCCCUUCAUGGUAGGCACCAAUCUCUCUCUUUUUGGGACCCAAUGAUUGAGAAAAUUCAGAAACGUCUCCUAUCAUGGAAAUCCUCCUAUCUCUCCAAAGGCGGUAGACAUACUCUCAUCCAAGACACUUUAUCGAACCUUCCUACUUACUA